CUCUUCCAAGAAGAUUGGGGACAUCCAACAGCAUUCUCUUAAGUACAUCUAAAUACCACAUUCUACUGGGAGUUAAGACACCCUACAGAUCUAGAGACACCUAGCCAAUCUAACCUCCACCAUGGGGGCUAUGACCUGGCUAUUGCCAGGCAUCUUUCUAGUUUUCUUUGCCCUCACUUGCGAAGGUGGGGUCCUCAAGAAAGUCAUCAGGCAAAAGCGACAGAGUGGGGUGAACAUGACCCUUCCAGAGGAGAAUCAGCCAGUGGUGUUCAACCAUGUCUAUAACAUCAAGUUGCCCAUGGGCUCUCAGUGUUCAGUGGAUCUAGAAUCAGCAAGUGCGGAGAAAGACCUGACCCCCACUUCAGAGUCCAGUGGAAGCUUCCAGGAACACACAGUGGAUGGAGAAAACCAGAUUGUGUUCACGCACCGCAUCAACAUCCCUCGCAGGGCCUGUGGCUGUGCUGCAGCUCCGGAUGUGAAGGAACUCCUGAGCAGGCUGGAGGAGCUAGAGAUUCUGGUAUCAUCUCUAAGGGAGCAGUGCGCCAUGGGUACAGGCUGUUGUCUCCAACCUGCAGAAGGCCGUCUGGAUACCAGGCCCUUCUGCAGUGGCCGGGGCAACUUCAGUACCGAAGGAUGUGGCUGUGUUUGUGAACCAGGCUGGAAAGGCCCCAACUGCUCUGAGCCAGAAUGUCCUGGAAACUGUAACCUCCAAGGCCAAUGCCUUGAUGGACAGUGUGUCUGUGACGAGGGUUUCACUGGCGAGGACUGCAGCCAGCUGGCCUGUCCCAAUGACUGCAACGACCAGGGCAGGUGUGUGAAUGGAGUCUGUGUGUGCUUCGAAGGCUAUGCCGGGGUUGACUGCGGCCUGGAGGUCUGCCCGGUACCCUGCAGUGAAGAGCAUGGGAUGUGUGUGGAUGGCAGGUGUGUGUGCAAAGAUGGCUUUGCUGGUGAUGAUUGCAAUGAGCCCCUGUGCCUCAACAACUGCUACAACCGCGGGCGGUGCGUAGAGAACGAGUGUGUGUGUGAUGAGGGGUUCACUGGUGAGGAUUGCAGUGAGCUCAUCUGCCCCAAUGACUGCUUUGACCGUGGUCGCUGUGUCAACGGCACCUGCUACUGUGAGGAAGGUUUUACAGGGGAAGACUGUGGUAAGCUCACCUGCCCCAACGACUGUCAGAGGCGGGGCCAGUGCGAGGAGGGCCAGUGUGUUUGUGAUGAGGGCUUUGCGGGAGCAGACUGCAGUGAAAAGCGGUGCCCUGCAGAUUGUCACCACCGUGGUCGCUGCCUCAAUGGGCGGUGCGAAUGUGAUGAUGGGUUCACAGGGGCUGACUGUGGGGAUCUCCAGUGUCCCAAUGGCUGCAGUGGGCACGGCCGCUGUGUCAAUGGGCAGUGUGUGUGUGACGAGGGCUAUACCGGAGAAGACUGCAGCCAGCGGCGAUGCCCCAAUGACUGCCACAGCCGGGGCCUCUGUGUACAGGGCAAGUGCAUAUGUGAACAAGGUUUCAAGGGCUUCGACUGUAGUGAGAUGAGCUGUCCCAAUGACUGCCACCAGCAUGGCCGCUGUGUGAAUGGCAUGUGCAUCUGCGACGAUGACUACACUGGGGAAGACUGCAGAGACCGUCGCUGUCCCCGGGACUGCAGCCAGCGAGGUCGCUGUGUGGAUGGACAGUGCAUUUGUGAGGAUGGCUUCACUGGCCCGGACUGUGCUGAACUCUCCUGCCCCAAUAACUGCUAUGGCCAUGGGCGCUGUGUAAACGGCCAGUGCAUCUGCCACGAAGGCUUCACUGGCAAAGAGUGCAAAGAGCAAAGGUGCCCCAGUGACUGCCACAGCCAAGGCCGCUGUGAGGAUGGCCAGUGCAUCUGUCAUGAAGGCUUCACAGGCCUGGACUGUGGGCAGCGCUCCUGCCCCAAUGACUGCAGCAACCAGGGACAAUGCGCCUCAGGCCGAUGCAUCUGCAAUGAAGGCUACACAGGAGGAGACUGCUCUGAGGUGUCCCCUCCCAAAGACCUUAUCGUGACAGAGGUAACAGAAGAGACUGUAAAUCUGGCAUGGGACAAUGAGAUGCGGGUCACUGAGUACCUCAUUAUGUAUACACCCACGCAUGCUGAUGGCCUGGAGAUGCAGUUCCGUGUGCCUGGGGACCAGACAUCCACCACCAUCCGGGAGCUGGAGCCAGGAGUGGAGUACUUCAUCCGUGUGUUCGCCAUCCUGGAGAACAGGAGGAGCAUCCCUGUCAGUGCCAGGGUUGCCACCUACUUACCUGCACCCGAAGGCCUAAAAUUCAAGUCUAUCAAGGAGACAUCGGUGGAAGUCGAGUGGGAUCCUCUAGACAUUGCUUUUGAGACGUGGGAGAUCAUCUUUCGGAAUAUGAAUAAAGAAGACGAGGGAGAAAUCACGAAAAGCUUGAGGCGGCCAGAGACCUCUUACCGCCAAACCGGCCUUGCUCCUGGCCAAGAAUAUGAAAUAUCUCUGCACAUUGUGAAAAACAACACCCGAGGCCCUGGCUUGAAGAAAGUGACCACAACCCGCCUGGAUGCCCCGAGCCAGAUCGAGGUAAGAGACGUCACAGACACCACAGCACUGAUCACCUGGUUCAAGCCCUUGGCUGAUAUUGACAGCAUCGAGCUAUCCUAUGGCAUCAAGGAUGUGCCUGGAGACCGCACCACCAUUGACCUCACACACGAAGAGAACCAGUACUCCAUUGGGAACCUGAGGCCUGACACAGAGUAUGAGGUGUCCCUCAUCUCCCGCAGGGUGGACAUGGCAAGCAACCCUGCCAAGGAGACCUUCACCACAGGCCUGGAUGCUCCCAGGAAUCUUCGCCGUGUCUCACAGACAGACAACAGCAUCACCUUGGAAUGGAGGAACGUCAAGGCAGACAUCGACAGCUACAGAAUUAAGUACGCACCUAUCUCUGGAGGGGACCACACUGAAAUCGAUGUUCCAAAGAGCCAGCAAGCCACAACCAAAACGACACUCACAGGUCUGAGGCCAGGAACUGAAUAUGGAGUUGGCGUGUCUGCUGUGAAGGGAGACAAGGAGAGUGACCCAGCGACCAUCAAUGCGGCCACAGAAAUUGAUGCACCCCAGGACUUUCAGGUGUCUGACGCCACACAAGACAGUCUGACUUUAUUCUGGAAGACUCCGCUGGCCAAGUUUGAUCGUUACCGCCUUAACUACAGCCUCCCUACAGGCCAGUCAAUGGAGGUCCAGCUGCCAAAAGAUGCCACCUCCCAUGUCCUGAAAGACUUGGAGCCAGGGCAAGAAUAUACUGUCCUCCUCACUGCUGAGAAGGGCAGGCACAAGAGCAAGCCUGCACGUGCUAAGGCAUCCACGGAAGAAGUGCCGUCCCUGGAAAAUCUGACGGUGACUGAGGUCGGCUGGGAUGGCCUCAGACUCAACUGGACCGCAGGUGAAGGAGCCUAUGAGUACUUUGUCAUUCAGGUGGUGGAAGCCAACAAGGUCGAGGCUUCUCAUAACUUCACAGUACCUGGUAACCUUCGUGCCACAGACAUCCCAGGUCUCAAGGCUGCCACUCCCUAUAGAGUCUCCAUCUACGGGGUAGCCCAGGGCUCUAGAACACCAGUGCUCUCUGCUGAGACCUCCACAGGGAAAACUCCUAAUUUGGGAGAGGUCACGGUGGCUGAAGUGGGCUGGGAUGCCCUCAAGCUCAACUGGACUGUUCCAGAAGGAACAUAUGAGAACUUUUUCAUUCAGGUGCUAGAGGCUGACACAGCCCAGCUUGUCCAGAACCUCACAGUCCUUGGAGGACUGAGGUCAGUGGACUUGCCUGGGCUCAAAGCAGCCACUCGCUAUCACAUCACCAUCCAAGGGGUUGCUCAGGACUUCAGCACGGCCCCUCUCUCUGUUGAAGUCUUGACAGAAGAGCUCCCACACCUGGGAGGCUUAUCCGUGACUGAGGUCAGCUGGGAUGGCCUUACACUCAACUGGACCACAGACGAUCUGGCCUAUAAGCACUUUGUCAUUCAGGUGCAGGAGGCCAACAAUGUGGAGGCCACUCAGAACCUCACAGUGCCUGGCAGCCUCAGGGCUGUGGACAUCCCAGGCCUCAAGGCUGCCACCCUGUAUAGAGUCUCCAUCUAUGGGGUGAUCCAGGGCUAUAGAACACCGAUGCUCUCUGCUGACACCUCCACAGCCAAAGAACCUGAAAUUGGAAACUUAAAUGUUUCUGAUGUAACUCCUGAGAGCUUCAAUCUCUCCUGGACAGCUACCGACGGGAUCUUCGACACGUUUACUAUUGAAAUUAUUGAUUCCAAUAGGUUGCUGCACACGGCAGAACAUAAUAUAUCUGGUGCUGAACGAACUGCCCACAUUUCAGGGCUUCCACCUAAUACUGAUUUCAUUAUCUACCUCUCGGGAAUUGCUCCCAGCAUCCAAACCAAAACCAUCAGCACCACAGCCACCACAGAGGCCUUGCCCCUUCUGGAAAAUAUAACCAUUUCCGACACUAAUCCCUACGGGUUCACAGUUUCCUGGAUGGCAUCGGAGAAUGCCUUUGACAGCUUUCUAGUAACGGUGGUGGAUUCUGGGAAGCUGCUGGACCCCCAGGAAUUCACACUUUCAGGAACCCAGAGGAAGCUGGAGCUUAGAGGCCUCAUAACUGGCAUUGGCUAUGAGGUUCUGGUCUCUGGCUUCACCCAAGGGCACCAAACCAAGCCCUUAAGGGCUGAGACCAUUACAGAAGCUGAACCAGAAGUAGACAACCUUCUAGUUUCAGAUGCUACUCCAGACAGUUUCCGUCUGUCCUGGACUGCUGAUGACGGGAUAUUCGACAGUUUUGUUCUCAGGAUCAGAGAUACCAAAAAGCAAUCUGAACCACAAGAAAUAACCCUCCCUUCCCCCGAACGUACCAGGGACAUAACAGGUCUCAGAGAGGCCACUGAGUAUGAAAUUGAACUCUAUGGAAUAAGCGGUGGAAGGCGAUCCCAGCCAGUCAGUGCCAUAGCAACAACAGCCAUGGGUUCCCCGAAGGAAAUCACGUUCUCAGACAUCACUGAAAAUGCAGCCACGGUCAGCUGGAAGGCACCCACUGCUCAAGUGGAGAGUUUCCGGAUUACCUAUGUGCCUAUGACAGGAGAUGCUCCCUCUAUGGUGAUGGUGGAUGGAACUGAUACUGAGACCCGGCUGGUGAAGCUCAUCCCUGGGGUGGAGUACCAUGUCAGCGUUAUUGCCAUGAAGGGCUUCGAAGAGAGUGAUCCUGUCUCGGGGUCCCUGACUACAGCUCUGGAUGGUCCAUCUGGCCUUCUGAUGUCCAACAUCACAGACUCAGAAGCCCUGGCCAUGUGGCAGCCAGCCAUUGCCACUGUGGAUAGUUAUGUCAUCUCCUACACAGGGGAGAGAGUGCCAGAAGUUACACGCACUGUGUCUGGGAACACAGUGGAGUAUGAGCUCCAUGACCUGGAACCUGCUACAGAGUACACACUGAGGAUUUUCGCAGAGAAAGGACACCAGAAGAGCUCUGCCAUCACUACCAAGUUCACCACAGACCUCGAUUCCCCAAGAGAACUCACUGCUACUGAGGUUCAGUCGGAAACUGCCCUCCUUACCUGGAGACCUCCCCGGGCAUCAGUUACUGGUUACCUCCUGGUCUAUGAAUCUGUGGACGGUACAGUCAAGGAAGUGAUUGUGGGGCCGGACAUCACCUCCUACAGCCUGGCAAACCUGAGCCCAUCCACCCACUACACAGCGAGGAUCCAGGCACUGAGUGGACCCUUGAGGAGCAAGCUGAUCCAAACCAUCUUCACCACAAUUGGACUCCUUUACCCAUUCCCCAGGGACUGCUCUCAAGCAAUGUUGAACGGUGACACCACCUCCGGUCUCUACACCAUCUAUGUAAAUGGUGAUAAGACCCAAGCACUGGAAGUCUACUGUGAUAUGACCUCUGAUGGAGGUGGAUGGAUCGUUUUCCUGAGACGCAAAAAUGGACAUGAGGACUUCUACCGAAACUGGAAGGCCUAUGCCGCUGGCUUUGGGGACCGCAGAGAAGAAUUCUGGCUUGGACUGGAUAACCUGAGCAAAAUCACAGCCCAAGGACAGUAUGAGCUCCGGGUGGACCUACAAGAUCAUGGGGAGUCAGCCUAUGCUGUGUAUGACAGGUUCAGUGUGGGAGAUGCCAAAAGUCGCUACAAGCUGAAGGUAGAAGGAUACAGUGGAACAGCAGGUGACUCCAUGAACUACCACAAUGGCAGAUCCUUCUCCACCUAUGACAAGGACACAGACUCAGCCAUCACCAACUGUGCUCUGUCCUACAAAGGAGCUUUCUGGUACAAGAACUGUCAUCGUGUCAACCUGAUGGGCAGAUAUGGCGACAAUAACCACAGUCAGGGCGUUAACUGGUUCCAUUGGAAGGGCCACGAGUACUCAAUCCAGUUUGCUGAGAUGAAACUGAGACCCAGCAACUUUCGAAAUCUUGAAGGCAGGCGUAAACGGGCUUAACUUCCAGGGGCAAUUUGGUGAGAGAGGAAUGGGGCCCAGAGAAAAGAACAGAUUUUUUACCAAAGCAUCAACACAACCAGUCCAACGGUGAAGCCAUCCCUGGGCAUGUGGUGGGCAUCCAAGCAGACCAUGGAUCACUGAGGCACUGGCACAGGCCCCUCUGCAGUUACUUCCUUUGCACCAAAGACAACAGUCUGCAAGCAGUUUCUGCUUUCUUGUUUGAUAGAGCAAAAUCUCCUACUGACAGCAACACAGUGAUUUUUACUUUUCUUGGGUGGCUCUGGGAAUGGGAAAGGGGUAGGCUGGCUAUAAGUGGACAUAGUCAUUUUAGAACCAGCCAUAUUUUACACAAAGCUGUAUAAUUCAUUCGUUAUUGUUUGAGGUAGCAAAGAUAAAACGUGUCAUUGGAAGUUACCCCUUGCCCCCCUGCCCUGUCCUUUUGUACAUUUCAUACAACUGAAGCCAGAAAAAUGACACAGUUUAAAUUUCAAGGACAUUAAUAUUAUUAAUAUAAUAAUGGUGGUGGUGGUGGUGAAAACUGAGGACUUUUUAAGAGAUGUUCCCUUCCUAAGUGCAUCUGAACAGUACCUGAUUGUAUUUUUUUUUAAUAAAAGCACAGUACUUUUCAGUUUGU